AUGGACGACGACACCACCACCAAGGACGACCAGUACUUGACGGACGUGUUGUCCUAUUCCGUCGAUCGCUUGGCCAAGGAACCGGAACGUUUGCGCCAGGAACUGUUACGCACGGAAAAGAAGCAAAAAGAUGCGGCGAUAAAACAGUACCGAGCGUUUAUCGCCGCGCAUUCCGCGUACGACGUGGUCCGGGAUCGAGUGGAGAAAGCGAGGGCGGAUUUAUCCUCGGUCGCGGACGCGUUACCGGAGCUGAAGAAAUCGUGCAGAGACUUUGCGAACCGAGCGGAAAGCGUGGCGAGAGCGAGAGCGGUGAAUCAACAGCUUUUAAAUCGCGUACCCGGGGACAUAUCGGAUAUUUUAGAGAUUCCGCAAACGCAAGAGCAAUGCGGGAGGAACGGCGCGUACGACGAGGCGUUGGAUUUAGAGCUGUACGCGGAACGGUUGAGAGCGAGUUUACCGGACGUUCCGGUGAUUGAUGAUUUGCGAGAAAGCGCGAGGAUGACGAAUAAGAAGAUGUUGAAGAAGUUAUUGGUGAGGUUGCAAGAACCGAUUCAGUUGCCGGAAUGUUUGAGGAUCGUGGGACACGUGCGAAGGUCGAGGUACUUUGAGAGCGAAACCGCGCUGAGGAGAGCGUUUUUGGCGAGGAGAGAAGUGUUCGUGAGAAACGCGUGCGAGGAGGUGAGGAGAUGGUUGGCGCCGUACGAUCGAGCGAAGAAGUUGACGGACGUGCACAGAGUGCACGUGUUUGACGUGGUGACGCAGUAUCGCGCCAUCUUUAGCGACGGCGAUAGCAGCAGCGCGACGGAAGGAGCAUCAUCAGCAACAACAACAACAACGAGUAAUAGUAAUAGCGACGUAACCGCGGACGAGUCGGCGAUUUUGCUCUCCGCGUGGUCCUCGCAAAGAGCGGAAUCGUAUAAGAACGCUUUAGACGAAUCGUUACAAAGGGUCGACGAAGGCGGCGCGUUGGCGUCUGUUUUUGAACACUGCGAGUACUGCGGGAAUUCCUUAGCUCGAGUUGGCGUGGAAACGAGACCUUUACUGAGAGAAGUGUUUGAAAAGCACGCCUUGCGAAUAUUCGAGGACGCGUUAGUUGCCGCUUCGGAAGCGUUCGAGAAGUCCUUGAGCACGCACCGCUGGACGACGUAUUUAGCCGGAGGAGAAACGACAACAGAGAACGACGACGGAAAUAAUAAUAAAGAUGCGAACAGUGAAUACUCUCCGCCGCAAUCUCUCUUAGAACACGCCCCAGUUGCGGCUUUCGUCAACGGCAUCGUCGCGGCGUUUAACGAAGUUCGUUUGUUAACUCCCAAAUUAAGACGCUGUAAGAAACCGUUUGCGAAGAGUUUGCGAAAAACAUUCGAAAGCGGUCAAAAGAGUUUGAAGAACAGAGAAAAGAACGAGUUAACAUCGAGCACGGAGAAGAAGAAAGAAGCGUUCAAGGAUGCGGUCAGAGCGUACGAGAAAGUCGCGGCACCGUACGCCUCGAAAUGUUUCGCGAGACUCUUCUUCGGCGGUUUUGAAAGCGCGAAGGCCGCAGAGGAUGUUGGUUUGGUCGUUUUGUUAUAA